GCCAGUGGUCAACCAGUCGGGAGAUCCGUCCUGGACUGUUCUAUAAAUCAUGCGAUCUUUUUUUGACAGACUACAAGUAUAACGAUUAUACAAUCUUACACAAGGCAUUCCUUCCUUUACCCCAGUACUCCUCAUUCUUAUACAGCGCAAGUGACGCGUCAGUGGACGCGCCUACUGGACGACAACACAACUCCUCCAAUAUGUAUUACGGCGUAACGGGUUUAUGCACAGCACAGACUAACGAAGAUACCCGAACAGGAACAAUACCCCAACUCCAGUGAUAAAAUAGGGAUGGAGUUUGGAAUUUCAAUGAAAUAUAUCACUGAAUGAGACAAAUUGUAAAGUAUUGGCAGUUGCUAUAGCCUAACUACGUUAACGCCGUUGAACUUCUGAACGUUUUUAUUUUGACUGAUUCCGACUCUGAGAGGAUUGGCAGGACAUAGUAACUUUUAGCGACUGGAAGGAAAAGGACCAACCCAGCUGUAUUUUACAAUCUCUGCUUUAAAACAUCUGGAGGAACUGUGACCUGGAUAAUUACAAGGACAUUUGUGUCAAAGAAGUGCAAGGGCAUUCAGGACCUCGGCUUACAAAUGGUAGGUAGUGUUGCAGCAAUGGAAGAAUCCAUGGAGGACUAUGGCAAUUACACCUACGAUUACCUGGACUAUGGAGACUUCGAAGAAGAAAAAGUCCAAGAUGGAUACUCCCAAAAGGAGGCUAUGCACAUCAUAUCAGUAGUCAUGUAUAGUAUUUCCUUCGUGCUCGGUGUCAUGGGAAAUGGAAUAGUCAUAUGGGUGAUGGCAUUUCAAAGCAAACGGACAGUGAACAGUGUAUGGUUGCUGAACAUGGCCAUCGCAGAUUUUGUGUUUGUGCUCUUUUUACCGUUCUCUAUCGACUACGUUCUUCGAGACUUCCACUGGUCCUUUGGGCUGGUCAUGUGUAAGAUAAACUCGUUUGUGUCUGUGAUGAACAUGUAUGCCAGUGUGCUCUUUCUCACAAUGCUCAGUCUAGACAGGUAUGUCUCAUUGAUCCACCUUAGCUGGUGUCAGAGGUGUCGCAGUGUAUGGCGAGCCUGGAUCGUAUGUGGCUGUGUGUGGGGGGUGUCUGUUCUACUGAGCCUCCCUACCCUGAUAUUCCGUGACACUGUGAGUUAUCGUGACCGGGUGAUGUGCUUCAACAACUUCAAUGUCCAGGACAGACAUAUAGCUGCUGUGAGACACAUUACAUUGGUGGUCGUCCGUACUGCAGUGGGAUUCCUACUGCCCUUCAGUGCCGUCUGUGUGACUGGAAUUCUCCUGGCAAUCAAAGUCCACCAGUCUGACAAUUCUGUGUCCCUGUCUAGCUUUUCUAAGACAGUUUCAGCUGUCAUUCUGGCCUUCUUUUUGUGCUGGGCACCAUUCCAUACCUUUAGUUUAAUGGAGCUUUCCUUCCACUCAUCACUGUACCUACAUGCUGUUCUGAAGACAGGCUUUCCUCUUGCUACUAGCUUAGCCUAUUUCAACAGCUGCGUCAACCCCUUCAUCUACAUGCUGGUGGGUAAGAAGGUUCGCCAGCUCCUGAAACGCUCGUGUCUGGACAUCACAAAGAGUUCUCUGCGGGAGCUCAACCAGUCCAUCUCUGUAACUGAAUCAGUGACUGUAGCAGACAUAAGACCUCCAUACAUCAGUUCACCACAGGAUCCCACAGAAUCAUCAACUGUUUGAUUAUACUGACCUAAUCCCACAGUUACCUAUAGCAGAAACCAGCAGAAACUGUUAUUUGACCUAAAAGAACCAGCCUGACCAUUAUUUUAGUCCAAAUGUGACUUAUUUUAUAUUUUACUUUAGUGUAACAUUUGUGCUAGUUGUUUGAGUUGGAUACUUCCAAGUAGCAAUUACUUUGAGUGCCAACAUCUGUUUGAGUGCCCUCAUAGGAAAACUUGAGUAAAGACGUGCGCUGAAAGAAUAACUUGCACAGGAGAAAAGAGGCAACUUUAAUGAUUUAAAAAAUAAGUAUCUGAUCCUAUUUACCCCGAAGACAAAUAGGAAAGGGGGCCACCCUUCCCCACUGUCUCUGGAACAGGCUGUCUCUGGAACAGACUGUCUCUGGAACAGGCUGGAUCUGGAACAGGCUGUCUCUGGAACAGGCUGUCUCUGUCUCUGGAACAGGCUGUCUCUGGAACAGGCUGUCUCUGGAACAGGCUGUCUCUGGAACAGGCUGUCUCUGUCUCUGGAACAGGCUGUCUCUGGAACAGGCUGUCUCUGGAACAGGCUGUCUCUGUCUCUGGAACAGGCUGUCUCUGGAACAGGCUGUCUCUGUCUCUGGAACAGGCUGUCUCUGUCUCUGGAACAGGCUGUCUCUGGAACAGGCUGUCUCUGGAACAGGCUGUCUCUGGAACAGGCUGUCUCUGGAAUAGGAAUGAUUAGAAGCAGAUCUACCAUUUUCAUAAACACUUUGUAUUUAGAUUUCGGUCAUCAAACAAAUCCAAGUUUAACCCUGAUGGGAAUUUAGUCCUUCUCUUUACGUUGAAAAGUUUUCCAUUACAAGUUGAUUUGUUGUUGUAGUGUACUCUGUUAUUAUAUGGCUGCUGUACACAUGAGACAAAUUCUAUUAGGCCGUUAUUUUUAUUUUCUAAUUAUAUUAAGCGUAUAAAUUAAUCUCAAUGUUUACAUUACAUUUUCCAAUAGUGUUCACAUUGUCAAUCACUGUGUGGGAUUUCUUUUGUGGGAAUUUGAAAUAUAUGAGGGAAAUUUGGCAUGCAAUUGAUUUGUUAAUUAUAAUAUACUUGAGUCAAAGGAAUAAACAAUGAAUCCAGUCCC